AUGUCCCACCACUUGGUGACUGUGUGCAUGUUCUGUCUUCUGUGCGCGGCGCACACGUGUGGCUCACAUGUCGACGUGCAUAACGACAUAUUGUCUUACCAGCCCGAGCUGAAGGACACCGAGCACAUGACGCCGGAUCUCGGCAAGAGAAGAAUAGAGUCGCGGUUGCGGUAUCACCAGAAAUUACAGAAGAUAAGACAGAAGAGGGACGUCAGAAAUGUGAACCCAAACGUGUAUGUAGAGCAGAUAUUCAGGAUGUAUGGUGACGCUGGCACCAUGACAAUGAACCUUACUGGUUUUAAUAAGAUGCUGGAAGGCUUGGACCUUCACAAGCUGGUUGAGGGUGGUGUUCAAAAGACUGAGAGAAAGGAAUAUAUUUACGGACAGACUGGGGCCAAAGAAGAUGUUGUCAAUUGUGUAAGCAGUGCAGAACUUAUCACAACAGUGAACACGAGGUUAAAACCUCACGAUCAUGACCAUGAUCAUGACCUCAGCGAACACGAAUCAGAGAGCCUCAUAUCCGAGGACACCUUACAGGCUAUAUGCCCCAUUUUACUAUAUCAGAAACUAGCUAACACUUCUAUAGAAAGGCUAGGCUGUGUAAAAGAAUUGAAUCUACCCAAUAGAAGGAGCGAUAAAAAACUUAAACCCUUCGAAAAUGCGUACACGAAAAAUAUGUUCGCAGUGUGGCUGUACUCGUCGUUGAGUAUCACAGCGAUCAGUGCAUGCGGGUUACUUGGUGUUGCGGUAAUUCCAAUAAUGCACAAAACAUAUUACAACCAUAUCUUACAAUUCCUCGUGGCAUUGGCUGUUGGAACCCUAUGUGGUGACGCACUGCUACAUUUAAUGCCACACGCGAUGAGCCCCAUGGAACACGACCACGACCAUGAGGGAGGCGCGUUAGAAGUUAAAACGGCGCACGAUGAUGGAAUGUGGAAGGGAUUAGCCGCGAUGCUGGGCGUCGUGUUCUUCUACUUCACGGAGAAAGGUUUGACAGUUGUCGUAGAAUGGAGGAAGAGACGCCAGAAGUUGGAAGAAGACAAAUUACCCUCAAGGGUACGAGUUUUGAAAGACGAAACCGUCGGCGGCUGUUCGGGUGGCUCUAAAUCCCCAAUUUCAAAUUCCACAUCGAACAAUUUAUUGAAAAUUUUCAAGAGGGAUGAAAAGGCAGAUCCGACGACGAAGACUUGCAAGCACAAGUACUCCGAAUAUCCUUAUUGUUAUGAUGAAAUUGACACGGAUACGCACGACGAGCAUCACAUGAGAGACGGUCUUCCGCCAAGUCCGAAGGCAAAUACAAAGAAACAUAACAACUGCGUCAGCGUGGUGUCAUCCAACGCUCUGAAUCAAGAAGGCAAGGAGAACGAACCAACUGCAAAGGAUUGGUUGCUAAAAGCAGAGUCUACUCCUGCUGUUGUUGAAAUGAAUAACAUCAAGCAUAAAGAGGAUGGUGCUAAGGAACUGAAGGAUGGUGACAGCUACACAGUCAUUCUAAGGGAACACUCGCGCGCGCACCACGGGCACUCGCACGCGCACGGGCACGUGCACGCGCCGCCCUCCUCCAUGUCGUCCGUCGCCUGGAUGGUCAUCAUGGGCGACGGCCUGCACAACUUCACCGACGGCAUGGCCAUUGGAGCGGCGUUUGCAUCUAAUAUCGCCGGUGGUUUCUCUACAGCCAUUGCGGUUCUCUGUCACGAGCUUCCUCACGAGUUGGGCGACUUCGCGGUGCUGCUGAAGGCGGGCAUGUCGGUGCGGCGCGCGGUGUGCUACAACGCGCUGUCGUCGGCGCUGUGCCUGGCCGGCAUGGUGUGCGGCGUGCUGGCCGGCCACGCGCCCUCCGCCACGCGCUGGCUGUUCGCCGCCGCCGCCGGCAUGUUCCUCUACAUCGCGCUCGUCGACAUGAUGCCAGAAUUAAGCACAUCCCACAGCAAAGAGGGGACACUGUGCCAAUGUAUUCUACAACUGAUGGGUCUAGCAUCGGGAAUUGGCAUCAUGCUCGUCAUCGCCAUGUACGAGCAUGACCUCAAAACGCUCUUCGGUUAA